UUUUUUUCUCAUUUUUAAAAUUUACAAGUUGCUCAGGAGAGAAACUCCUACCAGUGCCCUGAUCUUACAUGUCCAGCCUCUAGAAUUAAAAUUAUGGUUGUCCUCAAGAACAACAACAACAAAAGCUAUCAGACACUCACUAGAACUCUCCCCACGGGGUGGCUUCCAAAAUCCCACCUUCACCUCUACCAUUUCAGAAGUAAAGCGCUAUCUCCACAGGCGGUGCUUGGAACACUACUCACAUGGAUGGAAAAUGAGGGAGUCAUUUGCCCAAUGUUGAACAGAAAAGGCAACUCACACUGGAUCAAAGACUGGAAAGUACACAGUCCCUAAAAGAAAAUGUAGGGCAAGUCAUUCAUGACAUGACUUUGCAUGUGACUCAAAGGCUCAGGUAAAAACAACAACAAAGAACCAAAAAGCCAGAGAGUUGAACUUUAUAAAUUUUCAGAAUGCUCUACCUCAAAAUUCACUACCAGAAGAUUAAAAAGGCAUCACAUAGAUGGAGGAAAUAAUAGUAUAUCAUAUAACUGAUAAGUGAUACCCAGAAUACAUACAGAACUCCUGAAUCUGAACAAAUAAAAUUCCCAACCCAAAAUGGGCAAGAGCAAAAGACUUGAAUAGACAUUUUCCAAAAAGGCAGAGAUAUAUUUCAGCAUAUAAAAAGGCACUCCAUAUUACUGAUCAGAAGAAAUACAAGUCAAAAGUACAAUGAGUUACCAUCUCAAACUCAUUAGGAUGACUACAAUUAAAUUAAAAAAAAAACAGAAAAUAUCAAAUGUGGGCAAGGAUGUGGAUUGAGGCCCUCAUCCACCAACUACCUUCCUUUGCAGGAACUAUAUUGGUCACCUUUCAUUUGCUGUGGCAAAAUGACUGACAGAAUUAACUCAUAUUGCGGGGGGUGGGGGUGGGUGGGACCUGUUUGGCUCAGUCUCAGAGAUGACAAUCCAUGGUCAUCUGAUUCCAUUGUUUUUGGAUGUGUGGUGAAGCAGAACUUUGGGAUGGGGGAACACAGGGACUUACAGCAGAGAUGAAUGAUGGCCAAGAAGCAAAGAAAGGGAGGAACUAGAGACAAGGACCUGCUCUGCAUAACUAUGAUUCAGCUAAGUCCCCAUCACCUCCAAACCGUCCACCAAGCCAAGACCCAUAACUGAUUAAUCCAUUGAUCUUCUUAGAGCCCUUGUGAUCCAGUUACCUUCCCAAAGCUCUACCUCUAACACAUCCCUGCCAUGAGUUUUUAACACACACACAAACACACACACACACACACACACACACACACACUCUCUCUCUCUCUCUCUCUCUCUCUCUCUCUCUCUCUCUCUUGAGUCUCUGAGAGACAGUUCAUAUUCAAGUCAUGACAGCAAGUAAAGGUAUGAUUCUCACAGGAUGCAUGGAUUUUAUUUCUGCCCACCUAGCCAACAGAAUGGAAAUGUCUCAGCCUAGUUUCUGUGCACCCAUGCCCACAGAAAUGGCAUUCUCAACAGCUACACCACAGAAACAAGCCAUGAGAAACAGGAAGAUAAGCAAAAUAUGAUACAUUCACAUAAAGGACUUCUGACUACAAAAGGGAGAACCUUGGGAAGGCAGCAGGCAAAUACUGCCAAGAUAAAAUGAAAUGGACUGUCAGGAAUUCAUUGGCAGAGAACAGUUCGUAAAGCUAUCUUAGUUUCUAGCUUCCCCUGAGAUCACAUAAGGCUUUUAUAUUCUCACAACAUAGAGCCGAAAGACAAUUCCUAGUCACUUUCAUUCUGGUCAAGUGCAUUUGCCAUCCUUGAGCCAACCAACCACAUGCUGUGACCAAUACAGGUACAAGCAUUCUUAUACUUAGAAAAAUAGUAAGUCAGGCUAAAACAGAAGGGAAAAAAGCAAACAAUGAACACACAGCAGAAGCUGUAUUUUUAUCGAACAAAUCCACAUGGUCCGAAGCAGACAUCAGGAAGAGAGAUGAAAAGAAUUAAGACUGGAAAAAAUAAUUUUCCACAUAGUUUCGGAUCUGUUUAUAGAUCUACGUUCUAAGCCAGAAGAAGAAAGAUGUCUGUAGAGUACGAAGAUCGGUCUUGUGGCUUCUUGACAUCUACUGGCACAGAAGACAAAAUUAAUGCCUCAUCCGAAAAACAACGCUACUUUCACAUAACCUAUAUUAAGCAAAGUUAGGAAGAUAUGUUUUAUCGGGAAAACCUGUUUUAGGGCGGGGUAUUAGACUUCCGAGUCAGGAGUCCAGGGCAGAGGGCAUGGCAAGUCCCGCCCCGGUCCGACCUUUCAGUCAACCCCAGUUGCUGGGCCCCUUUUUGCAGCACUUUGUGCGACAGUUCCGACGCACUUUACGGCGCCCCUGCCGUGUUGCGCGGCGCUGUGGAAGUGGCGGCAGUGCUGGCUCGGCCCUAUCGUUCUACUCAAGCGUACUGUGGCGGUGGGCUCGCGCUGGGAUGAGCCCGCGGUGCCGAGCCGCGAAGUGGAGUCAUGGCCAGUACAGUGGUAGCAGUCGGAUUGACCAUUGCUGCUGCAGGAUUUGCAGGCCGUUAUGUUUUACAAGCCAUGAAGCAUGUGGAGCCUCAAGUAAAACAAGUUUUUCAGAGUCUACCAAAAUCUGUAAGACAACCUUUUUGCUAACUGUAUCUGAAGCCUGGAGCUUCCCUGUAAUCUGAAUUCCGCAGGUCCAUGAAGUUCAGUGGGGAGUUGUAAACCCUGCAAUGGUCCACACUAGAAAUUGGUUUUCCCAUGAGACAAUUGAGGGUGGGUAACCUUGACAGGUUUAGUACUAUGAAAGAUAGCUAACAAUUAACUUUAAUAGACAUGCUGUUGACUUUAGUAUCUGUCCACCUGCUGUCCCUUGUCUGUUUUGUCACAUAGGAUAGUAUUUCAAUGAUGUUAGCUAUAACUGCAUUCAAAAAUCAUACCCGUAGUGAUUAAUAACGAAUCUGAACUACGUGUAAUGCAGACAGCUGCUGCUACGCUACUCAGGACUUCGAGAGGUCAUGACACUGAUAGCUUGGGCAGUAGCAGAAAACCUUGGUGUACAUGAUCUCUACUAAGAUUAAGGUUCUGGUGGCAUAAUUUCCCCUAUCAUAAAGUCCUCUUUUAGUGGAUGCCUUGAAUCUUGUAGAUAAAAGAUCUCCGGGUCUUCUUUUGAUAACUUGGUUCUGCUGUUUUAUGAAGAUCAAGUUUUUAUCUGGAACAUGGAUGAGAAUGCUUUCCAUUCAUUCAUUUCCCCCCAUCUUAUGUUCUCAAGACACUUCCAGUUUAGUUCCAAGAAGUGAUGUUUCCUCUUAUAACAGUUAAGUUGGCUACCACUUAUCAAGCUAAAAUGCCUUGAGAAGUCCACCUGUAGUGCUCCCCGAAAUGCACCAUUUUCUUUACUGAUUUAACCAACCUUCCACUUACUUCAUUAGUCUUUCCUUCCAAUUCAAUUUCUUUUUCAGGCCUUCAGUGGUGGGUACUAUAGAGGUGGGUUUGAACCCAAAAUGACAAAACGGGAAGCAGCAUUAAUACUAGGUGUAAGGUAAGAUUUCUACUCACUUAUGAGAUGUAAGGUAAUUCCUAUUAGUAUUUGAGAAUUGUAACUGAGAAUAAAGUAGUUACUGGGGACUGUUGUCCCAAGAAGACUAACCCUGAUGGUCAUUCAGAGGAGCUUGAUGUCACUUCAUGGACAUCCUUUAAGCCUAACAUUCCUAUAGAACUCACAUAUGUAUCAGAUUGUAACAAUGCUCACUGGUGCCUGGAGUGAUCUAUACUGAAAUUCUACUGUGUGGGAAUUAAGUGUUGAAGAUUGUCUUGUCAACUGCAUUUUUGUUUUUUUUUUCUUUAAAGCACUUUUGGUUCUUAGAAAAUGCAUUUUACAUUUGUUUUCUAUACAGCUUUUCAUACUGUUUUGAUGCUUUACUAGUUUCUCGGUGUUGAAUUUGGCCCUUUUAUAGUUCAUGUGAUUUUUAAGUAAACUAAAGCAACAAGUAUGCUUUCCUUUUCAAAUUAGCCCUACUGCCAAUAAAGGGAAGAUCAGGGAUGCUCAUCGACGGAUUAUGCUCUUAAACCACCCAGACAAGGGUAAGUAACUUGUAUUAGUAUGCUGGACUGCAAUUUAUAAUAGACUAUCUAAUUCUUGGCACUGUAACUGUCUAAAUGUGCAUGUGAGCAGUCUCCCACUUGUCACACUGGAGUGUCUUAAAUGAAAUCCACCACAUGAGACCACAUUCUCUGCAGUGACACCUUGUCUCACCAAGACAAAGGGGUAAUGAACAAUGUAAUUGGUAGUAAUAUUAAAUACUUAUUUUUAGGUUCUGUGUUUAUGACAGAAUGUCUUCCAAUAAUGGAGGUUACAAGUACUACUAGUUAUUUUGGUUGGUUUGAGGACAUCUUGCUAUAUAUCAAAGGUUGGCCUAACCUUAUGACCACUCUGUCUCAUCCCCAAAAGCAGGGCUUAAAGAAGUACACCCCAACUUGGCUAUGUAUUGAGUUUAUGCUCUAUUUUUUGAGUUUUGCAUUAUUUUUGUUUAGACUCACAACCAAGUCUAAAUUUUAAUUAAGGAAAACUUAAGGGGCAUCUAUUCAUUGUGGUGUGGACACUUGGAAACCUAUUUGGAAACCUACGAGCUACAUUUGCUUUUUUUGUUACAGUUCAAAGUAGCUGUAACUGGUAAAAACAGAUUCCUUAAGCAGACCACAAGAAUCUGUUGUCAUGCACAAAUUUUUUUGCUUGUAUAAUAAGGGUAUUGACAAAUUUAAAUAGGACAACUGUUUAAUAUGUGACUUCACAGUGUAAGGAAUUGAGCUUGCGUAACUUGAGGUGUUCUGUAAUGGUAGAGUUCAUAUAUACCCACACACACGUUCUACUAGAAGAUCUGGAUGGUCCCUCUUUGAUAGGGUUAGGUCUACACUAUUCCAUCACAUUAGUAAACAGCAAAUCUAGAUGACAUUAGAAAGGGUCAGCUAAUACUGAGCGCAGAACUGAAGCAUUAAAAUAUGUGGUGCAGUCUUUUCAACAUAAGCUUAGAAGCCCGUGGGAAGGUCAGUGGAUUGUCCACAUAUGAAGUAGUGAGUAAGCUUCGAGUUCCAGAAGUGUGUAUGCAGAAGGGGCCAAAUCCUAUUUUAGACUUUAUGGUUUCUUAAAAAUGGUAAACUUUUGUGUGAAAACACCUCAUUUCCCAUUGAUCUGAUAUUUUACCCUGUAAUUUUGUGACCUAUUUAUAGUAUCAUAGUUGCUUUUUAGAAAAGAAGAUACCAUUUCUAUUAUGUCCUGGGAUCCUUAAAAUGCUUUUGACAAGAUUUAGAAUCUGUGCUCUCUAAACUGUGUCUCCCCCAUCCCCUUUCUUCUAUAGGAGGAUCUCCUUAUAUAGCAGCCAAAAUCAAUGAAGCUAAAGACUUACUAGAAGGACAAGCUAAAAAAUAAAGUAAUCUGAUGAAUUUUAAGUCCAUUAGUCUACUUAUGAGCAUGUUUUUAAAUAAAAUGCCUCAGAGCUGUAACUCAUGAUGUAACUCAUGAAAAUUUCUUGGCAAAAGCUAAA